AUGAGAGCACCCAGGUCAUCAACCGCGCCCGCUCAAAAGUCUCCAAGAGGAGUUCGACAGCCCCAACCGACCGCCUCUCGGUGGAGCGCACAGCCUCACCAACAGAACACCUCCGCACCGGUCUAUCACGCCAGCCGCCCCUCCGACGUCGACGAGACCAUGCUGGACAUGGGCGACGUCGAUAUCGGAGACGGGAUGUUCGCCGGCGGAAACUUCAUGCCCGAGUUGAUGAGCUUCCACGCCCUUUCAACCCGGACGAGACUGGGCUCUUCUCCCUCCGCCAGGAUCCCUCGCCCAGCGCCGUAA